AUGGAGGCACAGAUCGAAGAGUUGAAGCUUGAAAUAAAGAUAAGCAUUGAAGAUUUGAAUUUGGAGAUUACUGCUCUCCAGAGUCAACUGGAGAAUAGAAACAUUCUUAACCAACACACUUCGCCUUCUGUCUCUGCCAUUUCUAGUGCUAAUACCAUCCACAAACCAGUGAGUAUAUUCCGUGAAAUAACUUUAAAGCAUAUCUUCAAGAUGAUAAGUAAAGAUCUUGGCAUUGAAGUAACAAGUAACAAAAAGGCCACACUCAAUAUGUAUACAAAGCUUAUAUGUGAUGAUAUGGCUGCCCAUCCUUUGACUUCACUAGAUGUCUUGGAAACUGGGCAUCAACUGCAAGAGUUGCAUAUCUCUGGAGGGACUGCCAUAAAAGAUUACAGUCUUAUUUUUCUAUGUUUUAACAGCCAAUAA